UUUGAUUUUGACGGAGGAUGACAUUCGACUUGAGACGCGGGUCGCGAGUAGAACGAACGGAGUGUGAUCACCGCGAAAUGUCAGUACGUCGCAUCGCCUGGCAGUCGUGUGGGCCGUGUAUUGUCAUCCAGUUGUAAUUGAGCUUGCAUCUCCCGACGGUGGAAGGUGGAUCGAGGCAUACGUACGUUGCAGAAAAUCAUGUAGGUGGUCGGCGACGUUGAGCGCGCGUUCGUCCCGAGGCCUCGAUGACCGUCAAUUAAGCGUUCGAUAAAUGCCAGUAUCAAAUCGAAACCUAACUAUAUUGUGAUGUCUAUGCUGGAAUGUAGCCAUCACUUGGCUAUACCCUACAAUAUUCCAAAUACUAAUUUAGUCAUUUCCAAAGAGAAUAAAUCAUGUAUGGUGUGUGGAUUAUGCGGUCCACACCUCUACUAUUGUCUGUUCAAAGGGUGCCACACUACUGGAUGCUUGGACAAAUCUAAAAAUCAUGUUUCAUCUCAUUUACAGGUUCAACCAACUCAUUGUUUAUUUCUAAAUUUGACGACACGUCAAAUCUUUUGCAUCAAGUGUCAGAGCGAAGUGGACAUGGAAAUGAUAAACCGACCACGAUGCAUCUCCGAUGGGGAGAGUGACUUGGAGCCGGAGGAUGUCUGCCCCAUCGAUCAAAAGGACUCUGGGCAUGGCAGCUUCAGUACGCUACCACGCAACACACCGGAACGUAAUCACAUUGUCCGAAACAAUGGUUUUGGUCCACCAAUGAUGAUUUCGGGCGACACAACUGAUUCGAGCGAUGACGAACACGAGAUCACGACUAAUCGCAAAAUGGUUGGUUUAGUGGGUCUUCAAAACAUUGGCAACACUUGUUACAUGAACGCCGCGCUGCAGGCGCUAAGCAAUACCUACCCUCUUCGUCAUUUCUUCCUCGAAUGCCCCGCAACAGUUCAAAUUCUGUCCGAGGACCGUAAGCCCGGCCUUAGUCGACAGUACCAACUUCUCAUCCGCGAUAUCUGGAUGAAAAAGAACGGCGGCUAUGUCACUCCUUCGGGGAUUCUGUACGGUAUCCGCAGCGUGCACGCCAUGUUUCGCGGGUAUCAACAACACGACACGCAGGAAUUUCUGCGCAAUUUUAUGGACCAAUUGCACGAGGAGCUUAAACAGGUCAGCCCGCCCGAAUGCACCAUCCAUGAUGUGGAGAAUCUGUGCAUGUCUGUGGACGAACCAGCACUGAGUUCCAGCUAUGAUUCGAGUGAAGGAGAGUAUGAAACCUGCGACUCUGGUGUGAGUGAACGAUCGUCCUUAAGUGACGAUACAGAUGGAGCGCCAACUAAGCAUAAAUUGAACAGGAGUUGUUCCCCUGGGAGGCGGCUAAGGGCGAGAAUGCUUAGUGGGUCUGUUAUAGACGCACAGCCUAGCGCUAGUAAUCAGAGUUUAACGCAAAAUAAGAAAGCGGUGAAACACCGGUCGAUUAUAUCAGACAUUUUCGAUGGAAAGUUAUUGUCGUCGGUGCAGUGUCUCACUUGUGAUAGAGUCAGCAGUAAAGUUGAGACAUUUCAAGACUUGUCUUUACCCAUUCCGAGCAGAGAUCAUCUAGUGGUGUUGCACGGGCGAAAUGCAGCACCCGGGGCAACUUGUAGCGAUGCAGUGAUGCCCGCGCAGGAUGGAUGGAUUUGGUGGUUUGUUGGCUGGUUAAAGUCCUGGUUUUACGGGCCUACUGUUACACUCCAUGAUUGUUUAGCGGCGUUCUUUAGUACAGAUGAGCUAAAAGGUGACAACAUGUACAGUUGUGAACGGUGCAAUAAGUUACGAAAUGGACUCAAGUAUAGCAAAGUGCUACAGUUGCCUGAAGUUCUAUGUAUACAUCUGAAGCGAUUUAGGCAUGAAUUGAUGUUUAGUAGUAAAAUUUCGGCUGUGGUGAGCUUCCCGCUCAAAGGAUUGGACAUGCGCCCGUAUUUGCACAAAGAUUGCGUUUCACAAGUGAACAACUAUGAGUUGUUUUCCGUUAUAUGUCAUCAUGGCACCGCAGGUGGAGGGCAUUACACUUGUUACGCACUUAAUAGUGGUGGUUGGUAUGAGUUUGACGAUCAGUGUGUGACCAGAGUGCAUCCGGAUACUGUAGCCAAUUGUGAAGCAUACGUCCUCUUCUAUAGGAAGGUGCUUUCUGAUAGCAAUGUAACCAGAGCUAAAGUGAGUGAACUCGCAUUACUUGCAAAAGACGCUCCAGAAAUUGCGUAUGUCAGUAAACAGUGGUUGAGUAGAUUCUCCACUUGUGCUGAACCAGGACCGAUUGACAACUCGGACUUCCUCUGUGCGCACAACUGUCUGCAUCCAAAGAGAGCAAUGGCUUUAGAUAAACUUGCGAUACCUAUAGCGAAGAAUGUUUACGAUUAUCUCUUCAAAAAGUAUGGUGGUUCACCGGCCGUUUCAAACGUGCAUGUUUGUGCGACAUGUCAAGCAUUGUACUCGAGGAUAGCAGCCGAGUCCGAACGAUUAGCGCAGUUGAACAACGAGUAUGAAUAUCAAAACGAACCCCCAACGCAUUUACUCUCCAACACUUGGUACACCCAGUGGAAGUCGUUCGUGGAGGGCAAAAUCUCCGAACCACCGCCACCUAUUGAUAACACCCGCACGUCGAUUCCGCAGGGUGGUACCGAAGAUUACAUAGAAAUAAACAAGGAUAUAUGGGAUUUCUUCUUUAGUUUGUAUUCUGGUGGACCAGAACUCCUUAUACCUCGUGCUGAAGGUCACAUGAUGGUUGUUUCAUCUCCCUCGCCCAAUUGUGAAGAGGAACGACCUGAAUUAUGUUUAGUAGACGACCUCGGCCGAGGGGAACCAAUGGAUACCGAAGAGUCUAACGAUAGUAGGGAUACCGAUAGUCGGGAGGACUUGGUGCCUCUAUCACAGGCGACCACAAAUCAUUCCACGAAUUCAAGCUGUUCAAUGCUGAACGUUGUCACGCCCGAUGAGGACGACCGAGGCAAGGGACAAAUGCAGGUGGAGGUACCUUGUUCAACAUCAGUGAUGACUGCAACUAAAAAUUCCGCGUUAGCCAACGCAAAUAGCAACGGGGCGAACAACAAGCGCAAUGUGAGCGUCCGACAGCGACGGAAGAAGGAGUUAAUAAUGUAAUAAAUUGAUUUAUUUACAUAAUUGUUUUGUCUACGUCUUGCGCAUCAGUCUACUUCGUCUUUGACUAAACGAGUAUCCGUUCUAAUUGUUCUUAUAGUUUAAUUGUUGGUGUAUAUUUUUUUCGAUAUGGAGAACAUAUAAAUAAAUUUAAUAAAUAAAUCAUUCAGGCGGGUAUUGGAA